AUGUCGAUACCAAAAUCUAAUCGUAAACGUUCACUUAUUGAAUUAUUUCAAAAAACUUAUUCUCAAGAUCAACCACAAAUAUCAUCACCAGCAGCAAGUACAAUUGAUCAAUUAUUACAUGAUGCUGGUUCAUUUGGUCUCUAUCAAAAACUACAAUUUUUUCUCGUCGGUCUUCUUGCUGUAUUACCAGCUAUGACAGCAUUUAGUUAUGUUUUUAUAGCUGCUACACCUGAUCAUCGUUGUCAAUUGAAUCUAGAUAAUUUUACGGAUACAUAUAAAAUACAAUCGGAUAUACAUCAAAAUUAUAUUAAUAAAUAUAUAUCAUCAGAAUUAAAAGAUCCAAAAUGUACGAUGUAUGAUAAAAAUUUUCCGAAUCGAAAUACAAUCCCAUGUACUCAAUGGGUAUUUGAUGAUACAUUUUAUAAUACAACAAUUUCAACUGAAUGGAAUCUUGUUUGUACACGUCUUCAUUUAAAAGGUAUAACACAAAAUGCAUAUAUUAUUGGUACAAGUGGAUCAUUUUUAACUGGUAUUAUGUCGGAUAGAUUAGGACGACGAACAACAAUGUAUUUACUUAUAUUACUUAUGGUUCUUGUACUUAAUUCAACACAAAUAUUAAUGCAUUCAAAAAUGUCAAAUGAUAAUAAGCUAAUUAUAUUUACUAUUAGUCGAUUUUUAACUGGUUUUGCUCAAACAACAUAUUCAAUAACAUUAGUUUUACUUUUAGAAAUGACAUCAGCUAAAAGACGUGUAUUAGCAAGUAAUAUUCUUUCUUAUUUCUAUACAUUAGGAGAAUUAUUAAUAAUGCUUAUCUAUUAUUAUACUCGUGAUUGGUCAAUAACAAUGUGGAUAUUAACAGUAUAUGUUAUGCCAUUUUUAUGUUACUAUUGGUGUAUACCUGAAUCAGCACGUUGGCUUGUAUCAUCCGGACAAUUAUUACAAGCACGAAAAGUUCUUCAUCGUAUUGCCUAUGUAAAUCGUCGUACAUUAGCAAAUUCAGAAAAAAAACUUUAUGAUGAUUUACAACGUGAUGCACAUAUACGUCCAAAACGUUAUUCAUAUACAUAUGUUUUAAUAAGUUUAAUUAAAUCACCUGUUAUGCGUCAACGUUGUUUAAUUAUAUUUUAUAUUAUGAUGACAAAUUUAAUGGUUUAUCUUGGUAUUGGUAUGGGUAUAACAACAUUAACAAAAGAUCGACCCUAUGAAAUAUUUCUUGUUUCAAUCUUUGCUGAAUUAUUUGGUCUUUGUCUAUGUCAAUUUUGUGCAACUAAAUUUGAUAGAAAAAUUCCUUUAGUACUUUUUUUUACUUUAUGUUCACUAUCAAUAUUAAUGAUACCAAUAACACAUAAAACAUAUCCAAUAAUUAGUUUAUCAUCAGCUUUAUGUGCAAAAUUAUUUAUAUCAGCAGCACAAGCAUUAUCAUGGAUAUAUACCUCGGAAACAUAUCCAACUGUUAUACGUUCAACUGGUGUUGGUCUUACAGUUAGUAUAGCACGACUUGGUGGUGUAUGGGCACCACAAAUAUCUCUAUUAGCACAAUCUGUUUGGUUUCCAUUACCCUAUAUUAUAUUUAGUAUAAGUUCAUUUAUUGCAGCACUUUUCGCCAUAUUUUUACCAGAAACACGAACCAAAAUAGCAUUACCCGAGACUAUAAAACAAGCAGAAAAACGUCAUCAUAGUAUUCCAAUGUACGGGCAACAGUUUAGUGAAAUGGAAAGUGAAAUGAUAUAUAUGAAUAAAAAAUUAUCCGUAUGUCAUGAAGAAGAUGAAGAAGAACAUCAUCAACAACAACAUUCUAUUCAUUUAGAAGAUACAUUACAAUUCGAAUCUGUUAAAUCUGAUGAUGAAUUAAUGUUAACAAAUAAUAAACAGGAAAAUAACAUUUUAUAA